AGGUUUAGCGUUAAUUGAGGCUUUUUACGCCGAAUGAUUCACAAACUGGAAUUGGCUCGAACGAAUCACCGAAAAGAACCGGCUCGUAAAAACGGUUCAUACGCGAAUCGGACAUCACUGUUACAGUGAGAGGAGCAGUUUUAAGAGGCUGCCGUAGAGGAUCUACUGCUGAUAUGGAGACUCUAACCAUAUGACCGUGCAACUUUAGUGAAGCGACUGAACGGACAAGGCGCUUUUAUGGCUGUAGUCCUGUCAACAACUUCAAACAUGUCCAAAAGCCUGAAGAAGAAAAGUCACUGGACUAACAGAGUCCAUGAGGUUGUGUUGUCCAGGGGUCCGAGUGGGGAUCUAGGGUUCGAGCUGCAGGGAGGCGCGGAGAACGGACAGUUCCCCGUUAUUGGAGAGGUGAAACCGGACAGGCGCAAACUGCAGCAGGACGAGCUGCUUCUGGAGGUAAACGAUACUCCAGUGGCCGGACUGACCAUCAGGGAUGUUUGGGCUGUGGUCAGGCACUGCAAAGACCCUGUUCGGUUCAAGUGUGUCAAACAAGGAGGUGUUGUGGAUAAAGAUCUCAGACAGUACCUCAACCUGCGUUUCCAGAAGGGCUCUUUGGACCACGAGCUGCAGCAAAUCAUUCGGGACAACCUCUAUCUGCGAACAGUACCUUGUACAACCAGGCAGCCCAGAGAAGGAGAAGUUCCUGGAGUAGACUAUAAUUUUGUGACCGUUGAGCGUUUUGUGGAGUUAGAGAGAAGUGGAGCUUUGCUGGAAAGUGGAACUUAUGAAGAUAACUAUUACGGCACACCAAAGCCCCCGGCGGAGCCCAGUCCACUGCUGCUGAAUGUAGCAGAGCAGCUGCUGCCCGGAGCAACACCCACAUCACAGGGCAAACGCAGGCGCAACAAGUCCGUCAGCAACAUGGAGAAGGCUGGCAUUGAGCCUCCCGAGGAGGAGGAGGAGGAGAGACCCGUCAUUAACGGCAAUGGAGUCGCCAUCACACCAGAGUCAAGUGAACAUGAAGACAAGAGUACAGACGCCUCAGGAGAGAUGGCUACCACAUGCCCCUCCGAGACCUCCACAGAUGCCCCUAAAGAAGAUACAGAACCACCAAAAUCGCCACCCAAACCAGAUGAAAACGAUGAACUGGGUCCUCUGCCAGAUAACUGGGAGAUGGCAUACACUGAGAAAGGAGAAGUGUACUUUAUAGACCACAAUACGAAGACAACAUCCUGGUUGGACCCCCGGCUCGCAAAGAAAGCAAAGCCCCCCGAAGAAUGCAAGGAAAAUGAGCUUCCUUAUGGCUGGGAGAAAAUUGAUGACCCUAUUUAUGGAACCUACUAUGUUGAUCACAUAAACCGCAGGACUCAGUUCGAGAACCCAGUUUUAGAGGCCAAGAGAAGAUUGCAACACCAGCAGCAGAUGCAGAGUCAGGGCUUGUCCUCUCUCCCCCUACCUGCAGUUUACAGAGAGAAGCCUCUGUUCACGAGGGACCCCACGCAACUGAAAGGCAGCUUUCUGUCUACACCUCUGCAGAAAAGCAACAUGGGAUUUGGCUUCACUAUCAUUGGCGGUGAUGAACCAGAUGAGUUUCUACAGGUCAAAAGUGUCAUACCGGACGGGCCUGCAGCACAGGAUGGCAAAAUGGCUACAGGAGAUGUGAUCGUCUAUAUCAACGACGUCUGCGUCCUGGGCACCACCCAUGCUGAUGUUGUAAAGCUAUUCCAAUCAGUGCCAAUUGGACAAAGCGUAACCCUUGUCCUUUGCAGGGGUUACCCUCUUCCUUAUGACCCAGAGGAUGCAGCAAACACCUUACUAUCCCCCCUCGGCCUCAUUGAUCGCCCUCUGCUGGUCAACGGACGGAAUAGCUACGACAGCUACAUGGAGUACAUCUCCCGCACCGCCCGUUUCGUCGACCCCCUUCAAACAACGAUGGUGCAGCCUCACCCUGGAGACACCCACCUGGACGCCGGGCCACUGGAGGACAGCGUCUCGAUGGCGUCGUCUGGAGCGGCUGGAGGAGAGCUGCUAACGAUUAACAUGGUGAAGGGGGCAGAUGGGUUUGGAUUCACCAUAGCAGACAGUAAUGGAGGGCAAAGAGUGAAGCAGAUUCUGGAGGCUCAAGGAUGCCCGGGGCUGUGUGAGGGAGAUCUGAUUGUGGAAAUUAACCAGCAACCUGCGCUAACACUGUCACACACGCAAGUGGUGGAGCUGCUAAAAGAGUGUCCGAUUGGGACGGAGGCCACAUUGGUCAUACAAAGAGGAGGCACAGGUCACUUUUCCCCUUGGAAGACCACUAAACAGGUUUUGGAGCAUUGGGAUCCUCUCAGCAGUCCCACAACUAGUCUAUCUGUCCAUGCUCUUCCUCACAGCGCUCCAUAUCUGCACUGGCCUUCAGGUCCAGAAUUUGACCUGGCCAAACCUGACCCUUAUGACCUGUAUGAGAAGUCCAGGGCUAUCUAUGAGAAUAGGCAGCCAGGCCUUCCUCGAGCGUCCCUCCCUGCUGACCCCUCCGCAGAGUUCCAGGAGGUGGAGGUGCACCUACGCAGACAGAAGUCCGGUUUUGGCUUCAGGAUCCUGGGCGGAGAGGAACCAGGACAGCCUAUCCUGAUUGGGGCGAUCAUUGAGAAGAGUCCUGCUGAUAAAGACGGUCGUCUGCGGCCUGGAGAUGAGCUGAUUUCAGUCGAUGGGAUCGUGGUGGCUGGAAAACCUCACCGUUACGUCAUUGACCUCAUGCAUGGGGCAGCCCGAACGGGACAGGUCAAGCUCACUGUACGACGAAGAGUUCAGCCCACAGGCGAACCUUUUCCAGAGAACGGCCGCAGUCCUGGAUCAACACAACACAGUUCCCCGAGAAGUGACUUCAACUCCCGAAUGUUCUGUAACAACUCUGCCCCCUCUCAAAACUCCGCCCCAUCCACCACAGGCUCCUCCCCUCCAGACACAGCAGCCAAUCAGAAUGCACAGCCUAAUGACGUAUCCAUCCAGCGCAAGGAGACCGAAGGAUUCGGAUUUGUCAUUAUCAGUUCACUAAACAGGCCCGAAACUGCAGCCGCUGCUGCUGUGCCUCAUAAGAUCGGCCGCAUCAUUGAGGGAAGUCCAGCAGACCACUGUGGGAAGCUUAAGGUUGGAGAUCGUAUUCUGGCCGUCAACAAUCAAUCAAUCGUCAACAUGCCGCAUGCCGACAUCGUCAAACUGAUCAAGGACGCCGGACUAAGUGUCACACUCAGGAUCAUCCCUCAGGAGGAGACUAACAGCACUCCUUCUGCAGGCAGCUCAGAGAAGCAAAGUCCUAUGGCCCAGCCAAGUCCAGUGUGUCAACCUAACACUGUGAACCAGACCGGUGCAGCCCCUCUAGCAAACUCCAAUGCUCAACAAAACUCUGCUCCUCAACCCAGUCCCAUAAAGCAACCCAUUUCAGAAGCACAGCCGAGCCUUGUCACUCAAAACAGCCCAGCCAAUCAUCCCAGCUCAGUGACCCAACAGAACCCGCAAACUCAGCCAGUACAAACUUACAGCCACGACAGCAGCUACAGGUCAGAGGUGAAAGCCAGGCAGGAUGUAAAACCCGACAUUCGGCAGCCAUUUACUGAUUACCGUCAACCUCCGGUGGACUACAGACACCCUCCUGUAGCAGAUUAUAGACAGCCCCCAACGCUGGAUUACAGACACCCACCACUGCUGGACUACAGACCGCUACCUGCUGACCCUCGCACCUUUCCCUUACCAGACUACAGGAUGCCACAGGAUUUUGAUUUCUUCACGGUUGAGUUGGAAAAGGGGAUGAAAGGUUUUGGCUUUAGUAUUCGUGGAGGUCGUGAGUAUAAGAUGGACCUGUUUGUUCUGAGAUUGGCUGAAGACGGACCAGCCAUACGCAAUGGGAGGAUGAGGGUUGGUGAUCAAAUCAUUGAGAUAAAUGGGGAGAGCACGAGGGAUAUGACCCACGCUCGGGCUAUUGAGCUCAUCAAAUCGGGUGGCCGUAGAGUUCGCCUGUUGCUCAAGAGAGGCACAGGGCAGGUCCCUGAGUAUGCAGAUAGUCCCGCCCCCUGGGAUGCUCACCCUACAGCCUCCCCAAGUCUGUCGGAAGUAGCACCACCCCUCGACAGCUUAUCCAAUCCAUCAGCUUCUUCUCAUGUGAACCCACCCACUGACCCACCUCAUACAUCGUCCUUGGAAGCAGUAGGUCCAGACUCUUGCCAGGGUCCAAGAGGCUCAGAGAGUAGGGCUCUAGAGCAGGCCAGUGUGGGGAAGAGGUCAGCUUUGGCAGGUGGAGUUGGGGGUGGGACCAAGCAGAGGGAGGGUAGCAGGACCAACCGUCGCUCAAGUGGAGGGAAGGGUCAGCAACAAUACCUUGAUGAGUUUGCGGGAGAGCCAAAAUCCCACAAAAGCAGCCGGGCAAAGUCCAAGGAACGCAGAAGGGAGCGAAGCAGCACUCCGUCUCGCAAGCGAGACUCGCCCAAAACAUCCCUGACUGACACCAGCAUGAAUGGGGGAAAUGGAUGCCUCGAUGGUAGCAACAGUCAACAAGGACCUCUAGUGCCAUUCAAAGCCCUACCAAAGGAACCAGAAAAAGGGCAAAUGAGCCAAGAGAGUAACCCCAGCCACAACUCCAAGAUCAGCAGUGCUGCAGGCAGGAAGGCCACAGUAUCCCCAGGGCCCUGGAAGAUCCCUGGUACGGACAAGCUACCCAGUACCCUACGCUCAGCCACCUCCACAAUCAGCAGAUAACAUCUCAACCCAAUCUCAGGCCCAAGUUUAAACCUUACUUUUGGCUCUUUUUUUCAGCCAACUCUUGGACCAACAUUUGGCUGUGAGCCAACUUGUUUUGAGAUUGGUUGGGCUUGGGCUCUGCUUGAUUGAUUUUCACAGGCUUGCUCUACUUGGUAGAGAUCGUUUUUAAAAUUGACUAUGUGCCAUCCCCCUACAAUCCUCACAAAAGACCUUUCCAUGCAUUUCUAGACAGAGCAUUUUUUAUUUAUAUUUUAUUCUAAGUUAUUUUAACAGGUAUGACACCCACCACCUUAAGAACUGGAAGCAUUCACUCCAAAAAUAUCACGGUAGAAUGAGUGAAGCAUGUAGCGUGCAAAAAAGAAACCCAGACUGGUAUAAACUAUUGGGGAAAAGCACUCAAGACUCAGAGAUGUACAUGCAUAGAGAACCACUUACUGACUCUUAACCACCACCGGUGGCUACAGCAAUUUUUAUACGCCUUCAUUAAAAAAUGAAGAAUACUGAAGGAGUUGCCUGACAUACAGUUUUUGUGUAUUUGAAGAAUGGAAAUGAUUAAAAAAGAUUCUUUAUGAGCGGACACUCAACUAUGGAACUCUGCCUUAAAAGACUGACCUGCAGAUGUCUGUAUAAGGGUCGGUGAAAAGAAUAUAGAAAUAGAUAUAUUAUAUGACUACAUAUAUGUGAGACAAAUUGUAAAUAUGGUCUUUAUACACCAUUGUGAGCCCAUACUGGAGUGUUGCCAUUAUACAUGGUGUACUUUAGAAAAGUGUAAUCCAGAAUUUAUUCCUAUUCCAUUUUAAGGUGCAUUCCCACUGACAGCAAUUUAAACUCUUGUGGGUUUAAAUCUUCUCAACUUCAAAAUACUGUAGAACGGAAACAGGAAACAAAUCACAUUACCUUCACUGUCUGCAUUGACAUUGGCAGUUGCCUUCUCAUGUUAAAGAUCUCAUAGCCAGCGGUCACUUGUAUCACUUAAAACGGCCAACUUUCAUUGAUCAGUAAUGACUUCCAGUAGCUGAAAAUGUUGCUGUCAGUGUGAGCGCCCCUUGACACCACUGAUUGGUCAGCUGCUCUGUUAGUUUCUGGAGGAGCUGGUGGACUUUGACCUUCCCUUGACUCUGUCAUCCCUGGUUCAAUCUAUUCUCCCUUUACUUGUUCAAAGCAAUUUAAAGGAGUGCAAGGUGUUUUCGGUAAAUUAUAGAAUGAUUUUGAUUAGGGCAGAGUGCCUUAUGCCAGAGGUGUCCAGUACUACUCCUGGAGGUGUCCUGCAGAGUUUAGCUCUGAUCCUAAAUAAACACACCUGACCUGGUGUCACCCCUGUCUCAAAUGACACAAUUAACUUCUUCUUGCGAUCUUGCGGACAUACAAUGACCACCAUAUUUGCAUGUCCGUUAAGUCAAUGAGACUGUAUAGUGUCUCACUCAUUAUUUUACCCUUAAAAUGGGUGCUCAUGAGCUCUCCCUCUGUGGCUUCUAUGCAUUCUUGAUAUGCACUUCAGCUGAGCCACAAUGAGAGAAGCUCCACUGCAGCCUUCUACCCAAUGUCAAAGUGGCAAUACAUCCCAAAAGUGUGGACUCCACAAACCGCAAAGGUUAAGGGUGUGUUUGGGAAAGGCCUUAAUAUGCACAUGUGGACUUGCACCAAGUCUACAAUACCACAGUAAAUCCACAGUGACUCCUUUGCUGCUGCCUGUCCCAAAUGGCAAACUUAUUGUCAUGUACACAAGACCAUAGGGUGUCCCAUUUUUUUUUAUUUUAGCUAGUGCCCACGAGUGCCUCUUUUGCAGUCAACAUGAGCUCUAGAUGUGCAUGUUCAGUCAAGUCCACCUUAAAAUGAGCUCCGCAUCAGACUACCCAACAAUCAAAGUGGAUUUACUUCACGCAAGGGUGGACUCGGAGGAAGGCAGCAAGGGUUAAGGGUGCAAUUUGGGCCAGGGCAGGAAGGGUAUCACAAAAUCAUGCACUGGACCGAAAUGUGCAGUGUGUCUAGGCAAGUGUGCAGGUCUCCAGGUUGGAGAUGAGCUCUGCAGUAACACUAAGGAGUUGGAUCGGACAUCCUUGCUUUAUGCUGACCACUUGAUGCUUGAUUUAAGCUCCAAAUCCUAUACAACCACAUCAAACAAAAAAAAAUAGGCUGCUAUAUAUUCAUUGGACUACUUGUUCCAUUGAAACUGCAACAGUAACACCAGAUCUGAACGAGUACAGUAUGUUGUCGCAUCCCUGUCUUUGAAUGCUGAUUGGUGUGUAGAUCAAAUGAGAGACUGGUUUAUGUCUGCAGUAUAGAUAUAUCAAUUUAAAUCGGAGAGCUAUUUUCAUACAUAGAUAGAAAAAAAGGUGCCAGAUAUAUAUUAUCGAAAUCUUGGAGAGAGAAGUUUAAAUGUUUGUUGAGCACUUUGUCUUUCGGUAGACAUAUAAAAUACAGUACUGUUAAGAGUAAAUGCUGUGCAUCCAUGAAUAUUUAUCAGUUAAUUAUCAAAAUCUUUCAAUGAUGAUUCAUUUAUUAGUAUUUCCCUUAUAUAAAAGUUUAUUUCUAAGUCUAUUUCACAUGAUUCACGUCCUCUCAGCAAAUGAUGCUCAUUCCUUGUCUUUACAAAUGGGUGAUUUUUACACGCUUCCUAAUCAUGAAAGACAAAUCAAAGAAGUGACAUGCAGUUGUGUUCUGCGUAAUCAUCAUUCACCUUCAGUGAUGUGUUGUAUGCUGUAACUCUUUGUAUAUUUACUGUCCUUCAAUUUUUUCUAGCUUAGCUACAGUAGUAUGCUAACACGUUAGCAUGCUGACCAAAGGCUAAAUUAAAAAAACCUAUUUAAUGGUC